CCUCUGCGUUAUCAUCAAUCAGGGUUUUAGGGGGGGAAGAAGCAUAAGGGGGAAAACUCUCUCUUUUCACUAAGAAAUGGAGUCUCUUGCUAAAGUGAACUGCCGUCAACAACCUCUUCAUCUCUCUUUCAAUCAGUACAGUCCAUCUUUUGCUAAACCCGCAUCAUCUGUCACCUUCAGAACUUCAUCGUUAUCAUCGUCGUUCAAAAUACCCUCUAUCAGAGCGUCAUCUUCCUCGUCAUCUCCGUUGAAUCAAACCCCCAAACCUUCACUUCUCCAAACGUUAACUCCUCUGCUCAAAACCACUUGCAUUACUCUAACCGCCGCCGCCGCACUCCUCCUCACGCGAUUCCACCAGAAACCCGCGCUCGCAGCCGCCCCAACUGUAACACCCACGGUGGAGCCCUCCUCAAAAGAAUUGAAUAUAUCAUUGGAAGACCAAGAGAAAACCAUUGAGGAACACUUGAUAGUGAACCCAAACGACAUUGAAGCUCUACAGGCACUCAUGGAGGUCAGAAUCAAAUCGAAGAAACUUCCACAAGCUAUUGAAGUUAUCGACCGUUUGAUUGAGCUCGAACCAGAAGACGAUGAGUGGCCAAUGUUAAGAGCCCAAAUUCUUAGCUACAGUGGCGACUACGCUCAAGCCAAGAACGAGUUCGAAGAGAUAAUAGCUAAAGACCCGGCUCGAGUGGAGGCAUUUCACGGCCUUGUAAUGGCUUAUUCGGAGUCAGGUGAGAAAUUGAAAGAGCUGGAAAAAAGAAUUGAAGGGGCAAUGGAGAAAUGCAAGAAAGAGAAGAAAAAUAAAGAUUUUAGAGACUUUAAGUUAUUGAUUGCUCAAAUUCGGGUCAUUGAAGGCAAUCAUUCGGAAGCUUUGAAGGUAUAUGAGGGCUUGGUGAAGGAAGAACCAAGGGAUUUUAGGCCAUAUCUGUGUAUGGGUGUUAUUUACUCCUUGUUGAAGAAGAAAGAUGAGGCUGAGAAAUACUUUGAAAAGGUUAGGAGACUUGUUCCUAGGAAUCACCCUUAUAGGGAGUACUUUGUUGAUAAUAUGGUGGCAACAAAGCUUUUCUCUGAAAAGGCUGAGAGGGAAGGCGCUUGAAAGAGUGGAUAAACAUUUGCUUUGUUUAUCGUCAUUGGAGCAAAAUGGUGGUUUUUACAAAGAGGUGCCCUUUGUUUUGUUUUUAGUUACCUUUUAAUGUUUUUGCAACAGUUUGGAUAGUGAUUUAAAGUUACUUAGGUAUUUACCGUUGUAAUAUGGAUAAUGAUAAAAGGCUGAUAAUUGAGUUUGUUUAGUCGUUUCUCUGCCUGUAUUUUGCAUGGACAUCUUAGGAAGCUUGAUAUGCCUUUAUGUUCUAUUGAUUGUUGCAUUAAAUGAUUUUUCAUGGUU